GACUGUUUCCGGUUUGUUUUCGUUUGUUGUUGUUGUUUGUUUACAAUGGUUUCCAAAAAGUGAUUACUUUUCUAUUAUUAACAAGGUCUUUAUCUAGUGCAAAUGAUCUACUUUAAAUGAAAAUAUGGUGGAUGGUGUUAUUACAAAAAACUUGCUUAAGUUAAGAAGUGGAGAGUUUGACUUGGAAAGUAUUCACACUGUCAUUCUUAAAAACUUAGAUAUCAGUGAUCUAGGAUGUAUUGGAGAAUGUUCAACAUUACAACGGUUAGAUGUAUCGUAUAAUAAUUUGACAAAGUUACAUAAACUUGCUGGACUUGAGAACCUUCAAUACCUCAAUCUUGCUGCUAACAGAAUUUCAUCUUUAGAGGGACUACAAGUUUUAGACAAUCUGGAGAAAUUGAAUUUAGCUGGCAAUCUUAUUGGAGGGGUUGAUUCUUUACGAUGCUUGACUGGUUUAGAAAAGUUGUCAAGUUUGCGUUUACGUGACAACAGCAAAGGAUUGUCAAACCCUGUGUGUAUGAACAGCAAUUACAUUACAGACGUAAUGGCCAUAUUUCCUAAUUUACAAACUCUUGAUGGGGAACGAUUAAAAGGUAGAGGUAGUGAUGUAUUCAAAAUGUUGAGAGAAAUUGAUACAGCUCUAGCAAAUAGGACAGACGGUGGUGACUCGAGAGAAUAUGCUGUGGAAUCCUGGGUAAAAGACGAUUAUUGGCAGCCAUCUGAAAAAUUUGAACAGACCAUGCUAGGUGAUGCACAGCAACAAUUAGAAGACUUACUAUCAUCAUGUAAGAGACUAUCAGCUACAGCAGACGACAAAUUACAGCAACUUAAAGAAUCCUGACCCAAAGUUUAAGAUUACAAACAUUUAAUGUUGGAUCUGUUUCUGUGAUACAUACUUUAAACAUUUUAAUUUGUGAUCAAGGUUUUUAGUUUUUUAAUUCGUCCAUUUGAUCUGCUGAUGUCAAUUUCUACUUGUGAUACAUUGUUGUUACAUGAAUGCAAAAUUGACAGCUAAUAAAUUAAUUAUUACACACAAAAGAGUGGGAGAGACACUCAAUAAUUUUAUAGAAAAAAAUGAUGAAGUGAGGAAUUUUCAGCAGAUAAGACCUUUUGUGUAUUUAUUAUUCACAUUACCUGUGCAUUGGCUAUAUACUGUUUAUGCGGAUCACUAGAUUUUGAUGUAGACUGAAGAACAAGAAAAUAUUAAGUAGUUUUUUUUUAAAUGCAAGAAAAGUCAAUACAUAGCUAAUUUUCAAUCUGAAUUCAUUAAUACAUUUCUUAAGACAAUAAAUCAUGUUGGAGAUCUGCUUUGUGGAUAAUAUAAAACUGGUGCAAUUUUAAAGCUGCAUGCCUCCAGAUGAGCCAAAAUAUUUCAAGAAAAUCAAACUUGAGAGAAAAAUAUACAAAAUUUUAAAGUACAUUUGUAUAAAGAUUCAAGAUUUGAGUAAUAAUUAAAAUGUUGUGUCUGAUUGUAUUAAUCACCAUAUUUAAACUGCAUGACUAAUGUGCAGUAUGGCCUACUUUUGCAUUUCUUGACCUCUUUUGG